UCUACCUGCACUGCGUAAAAGAGAUUUGGACUGUUUGAUACCGUGUUUUCCUUUACCUUUUUUCCCCUGUGAUCCCGGUAACUACACUGGCAGCUUAACAAGAGAGCUCAGUGCCUCAUGAACAUGCGCCUGUGAAAAGGAUCACAAUACCAACACAGAAAAGGAGACUUUUCAACACAGAGCAGACGUUUCUAACCUCGCCUUAUCGCUGUUAUGUUAUUAAGAAAUGCAUAAGAGCAGCAGGAGGGAGGAUUUGGAUGUCCUGUCUUGCUCUGCACACAGACGAUCUCUGGUGUUUUGUCACCUGAUACCAUAGCAACCAGCAGGUGUCGGUGUCAUCAAAGAGAAGAAGCCACUGCAGGGUAAAGGGCAGCUUCCGGCGUUUCCAUGGCAACUCAGACGCAGCUGCUCGCUCAGCCCAAACCAAACAGACUCAAAUAUCCAGACCGUCGCUCUGUUUACUGGCUGGAUGAGCUGCCACCAGAGAGGACUGGAUCCACCACCAAAAUCGAGUUAACCCCUCGCUGGUCGGCCUUGUGUAGAAGCAAAAAAUUCUACACUCAAGACACGGUUUCCCCCAUAUGGGAGGUGAGUGAAUGGGCUCUCCGGGCCGUUCCAUCCCAGCGGUUGUGCCGCCUGGCUCGAUCUCGGGCCCCUGCAGCUGGCUGGCAGCCAGACCACCCACUUCCGCUGCCACUGAGCAGAGGGACGCUGACUGCAGUCGCCACUUCAAGGAUUUGCCAGCUUGCCCAGCCAAAGAAAAAGCAAAUUCUUGAGGGAUCCAGCCCCAAAUCUAAACCUGUACCCACGAACCACCUGCCCUCCAGAGCAUCUGCGCACAUUGAACUACUUGCAACCCCGAAGCACGACCACCCCAAGUUUAAAGGAGAGCGCUCAGUGUGCUGGCCUGUUUCCAAAGCAGCGAGAAGCCACGCCGCCAGCCAGAGACUUCUCCAUCUGUCCAGUCCCAAAGACAGGAAGGCUCUGUUUGAGGGGUACGACCCGUACGUUGUUAGCCGGGCCGCCCGCUCUGCCAGCCCCUCUCCUCGGAUACAGGAGCUCUGUCUGCCGCUGCCUCGCAAAUGUAGCUCAAAGUAGAACGAAUGACACCAGAAACAUCUGCCCCCCCCAAAGUGUUGCUUGUUCUCAUUUUCCCCAAGCAAGUGUCAUCAUGAUAAAGGUUUUUCUGUGGGCAUUUAUGACACACACCUGUUAUUUGCUUCACUCAUGGGUAACAGUGCAGCAUCAUCCUACUGUUUAUGACCUUCAAUGUAGAAAAAAAUGAAAAGAAAAACCUGUAAAGAAUGGUAACAAUCUGGCAGCAAGGUAUGUUUUUAAAAAUGCUGGAAUACUGUGACAUUCAAAAACUAAAAACAGAAAAAUGGCAAAUAUCUGUAAGAUAGUUAGAAAAUAGAGAUAUUAAGCUGAUUUAUACCUGUAAAUAUGGACAUUACGUACCGUUAAUGAACAUAUAAAUGCAUACAUUUUCCUGUUAUUUUGCUAAAUAUCUGUAAUUUAACUAAACAGAGAAAAUCUGUA